GAAAGAAAUUGAAACAUACUUCCCUUAUCUAGUCAACCCUAGUCUAGGCUAUACUCACAGUUUGUGCAUCGGAGUCGGAUUGUACCUAUAUCGUAUAGAUUCAGGACGGACACGUCACAUGCUGACCAGAAUAACGUCCCGGAAUAACGUGUAACUUGGGGAACCACCAGUAGCCUUAUGAGUUUGGUCCAGUCGAUACAAAUCAUGUUAAUGAUGUGCCUAAGGCAUCUUCUGCGCAAAAAAAGGCGAGCUGUUUUUGUUAUGUCCUUUAUGUCCAUACUGGGAUACUUUCUAGUGUAUAAACCUUGGGCACACAGUAGACAAAUAAAGGUGUUUGCGCAGGGAAUGGGUUCCAUGUUCGUGGAUCAACCUAAACCGGAAGAAAACCAAACGUGUGUUCAUCCCCACAUGAAUCCAUUCGAUCCGUCAAUUUACCAGUUCUACCAAAAGGAAACGCCACUAAAAUGCACUGGUGAACCUAACUGGAUACGAGUCUAUAACGGGACAGUUUUAUUUGAAGACAGUGCUAUCGAGAAAUAUGGAGAAAUAGCAUGCUCUUUAUGGCCAUUGGUUCGUGAAAACGAUUUCAAAACGGUGUUAGGAGCACCCGAAAUGAAAAUAAAAUCAGGGUAUCAACUGAAAUCAGAUUUCUUCAAAAUCUAUUGUGAAUCGUCGGAUGGGGCAAAAUAUGUGAAUUUUCAUUCUGGCAUCUCAUACAAUGCAAACGUUUUUCAACGUGUUACAAAAUUGAGACAAUCUAAUCCAAAACUUGAUAUUCUAAUGUUUGGAUUUGAUUCUGUGUCUCGCAUGAGUUGGAUACGUAAUCUCCCGAAAUCGCAUAAAUACUUUACGGAAGUACUCAACGGAAUCAGCCUGGAAGGUUAUAAUAUUGUUGGUGAUGGUACCGCACAAGCUUUACUUCCAAUUCUUACUGGAAAAACAGAAACUGAACUCCCCGAAGCACGCCGAGGAAAAUCUGGGGCAAAGACUGUCGAUUAUCACCCAUGGAUUUGGAAUGAAUACAGCGAAAAGGGAUAUGUCACUCAAUGGGGUGAAGAUGUUUCCUCCACCGGUACGUUUCAGUUUCGCAUGCUUGGAUUUAGGAAUCCCCCAGUUGAUCAUUAUUACCGCACAUUUGAAAUACUCGUCAGCAAUGAAGGGAGUCCCGCCUUCUGUUUAGGCUCUCUGCCGAGGCAUAGGAACAUGAUGAAUUGGAUAUCCGAUAUGUAUUCAAUGUAUAGAGACUUUCCAAAGUUUAUGUUUUUGUUUCACAAUGAGUUUAGUCAUGAAUCAGUGAAUGCGCUCCAGAAAGCAGAUGAUGAUCUUUACACGUGGUUAAAACACAUACACAAAAAUGGCUACCUAGACAAUGCUCUUUUGAUCUUAAUGAGCGACCAUGGUGCGCGAUUCCAGGACAUACGCAAAUCGAUACAAGGAAAGCUCGAAGAAAGAAUGCCCUUCUUUGGAUUGAGAUUUCCAGAGUGGUUUGAAAAACGCUAUUCAAAUGAGAUAAAGAAUCUGCAGAUUAACCGCCAUCGUUUAAGCACGCCGUUUGAUAUCCACGAAACGUUUGAACAGCUAUUAGACAUGUCCAAACAUAAGGAGUUCACUACAUCGGACCGGGGAAUUAGCCUCUUUCAUGAAAUUCCCAAAACGAGGUCGUGCCAGGAUGCAGACAUUGAACCUCAUUGGUGCGCUUGUCUAAACUGGGUCACUGCGUCAAACAAAGACCCGGAUGUUGUUAAAGCAGCGGGACAUAUUGUCAAUAAAAUCAACAAUAUCACAGAGCAACAGCGGUCUGAAUGUAAUAAGCUUUACCUCCGUCGCAUUGUGAAUGCAGUCAUGCUCAAACUCAAUGAUAAUGUUCUUAAGUUCAAAAAGAGUGCAGACUAUGACGGCAGGAUUCCCGACUUCUCUGAUGAUCUGACAUCAGGUCACAUUCUCUAUCAGGUUACCAUAGUAACUAUGCCUGGUGAUGGCCAUUUUGAAUCAACAAUCAUGCACUCCAAAUAUGAUGAUUCAUUCAAAAUGAAUGAAGGGGCAAUAAGUAGGAUUAAUAAAUAUGGUAACGACCCACAUUGUGUGAUGACUAAACUGCCAUAUUUGCGGAGGUUUUGUCAUUGUAAGCUUCAGAAAUAGUGUACAUUACAUUAUUUUAUUUCAUGAGAUAUAGUCAACAAAUACCUAAUAAUAGUUAGUGAAUUAAGAACCAUGCAUUAAGCUAUGAAGACUUUAGCAUUUGUAUUGCAAUUUUAAAACAAUUGUGUUUCCUUAAUAUUAG